CGGCCUGGGGUGGGGCCAGGGCUCGCGCAAGUCUGGUCCACGCGGCAGCGCGACGCUGCGCGACGAAGAUGGCGGCCUCCGGCUGGGCCCGCGCCACCGUGAUUUUUCUCUGUGCCUGUGAUUUGAUGCUGCUCCUGCUGCCGCCGCCGAGGGCCUUCGCCGCCGACAGCCCGGCCGAGACACCCGGCGAGGCCACCCCACCUCCCCGGAAGAAGAAGAAGGAUAUUCGCGACUACAAUGACGCCGACAUGGCCCGUCUUCUGGAACAGUGGGAGAAAGAUGACGACAUAGAAGAAGGAGACCUCCCAGAGCACAAAAGACCCUCUGCGCCCAUAGAUUUCUCGCAGAUAGACCCGGGCAAGCCCGAGAGCAUACUGAAGAUGACGAAGAAGGGCAAGACGCUCAUGAUGUUUGUCACCGUGUCAGGAAACCCCACCGAGAAGGAGACGGAGGAGAUCACCAGCCUGUGGCAGGGCAGCCUUUUCAAUGCCAACUAUGAUGUCCAGAGGUUCAUCGUGGGAUCAGACCGUGCCAUCUUCAUGCUUCGUGAUGGGGGCUACGCAUGGGAGAUCAAGGACUUCCUGGUCAGUCAGGACAGGUGUGCCGAUGUGACCCUGGAGGGCCAGGUGUACCCCGGCAAAGGGGGAGGAAGCAAAGAGAAGAAUCAAACCAAGCAAGAGAAGGGCAAGAAAAAGAAGGAGAGAGACCCGAAACCCCGGGCUUCGAAGGAAGACAAUCGGGCUGGGAGUAAGAAGGAAGAGCUGUGAUGGGACAUUCUCCCUGUGCAGAGGAAGAGGGCAUGGGUGACCACGCACACACAGGCUUCCCAUCUCUGCUGAGAAAGGUCUGCCAUGUGGCCAGUUUCUGGUCAGCAAAAGAAUUACUGUUUAAAAGGCUUCAAGUAAGAGGACAGAGGUUUUGUAAUUAACAUGAAACACUGACAGAUUCAUGUUUACCAUAAAAUCACUUUCAGUGGAAACCUGCAGGUGUGACUUUCCCACUGAAAUGUGGAGGCGUCUCUGGCUGGACCGUGGCACCGCACCCUUGGCCUGACCUGCAGCCUUCUGUAUUGUUUCCCUUAAACAAAAGGAUACCACGUUCUCAUCAGACGAACUUAAGACUCUCAAAUGCAUUGAAUCAGGCUUUUACAGACACCACAUCCAUAACUGUGAAAUUAAAAACAGGCCACAGGAGCACCACUCAGUGCUCCGACAUCUGCAUACACAGUCAGGACGCCAGGACACGUGAAUCCCAAAUCUCUGCAGAAGACACAGAACAGAAAAUCACGCAGCUUGAAAAUCCCGAGUAAUCACUUGAAAUUUAUUGGAUUUAAACCUCUCUCAUCAGUUAGGAGCACUCUUGAUAUCAGUCAGGUUUUGUGUGGUCUGUGAAUCCAGGGGUUCUGUCCAAACAGGACCUUACUUAGGAAAGUCGUGCCGGUGUCACGAGUCAUGUGCUCCAUCUAACGUGAUGAUUUUCCAGGGUGUGACUCGGGCAUCAGCCAAGCUUCUAAACACGUUCCUUUGAUAAAGUG